UCGGUUGAUGAAUAAAAAGGUUCGGAACGUUGAGGUAGGGUUUCAGCAUUUCUCCUGCUCGCGGUAGCCAUGGCGUCAUCCGAACCCCCGACGGCCUCCCAAGCGUCCUUAUCGUCUGUCGAUGGCGUGGCCGACGAUUUGGCCGGCACGACCCUCAGCAAGAAGCAGGCCAAGAAGCUGGCCAAGAAGGAGGCCAAGGAAGAGCGCAAGCAGCAGACUUCCGCCUCGGCGACCGCUGCCCAGGAUGACUCCGCAGAGGCUGAUCCCUUCGCUGCCAACUACGGAGAAGUACCGAUCGAGGAGAUCCAGUCCAAGGCCGUCAGUGGCCGGGUGUGGACCGAGAUCGGCGCGCUGGAGGGCCAGCUCUCCGGCCAGUCGGUGCUCAUCCGGGGAGUCGCCCAGACGAUUAGGCCGGUGAGCAAGAAAAUGGCUUUUCUUGUUUUGAGGCAAUUCACGAGCACCGUGCAGUGCGUCCUUUCCGUCGAUAAGGAAUCUGUGAGCCCCCAGAUGGUGAAAUUCGCAACAGUGCUCAACAAGGAAUCAAUUGUGGAUGUUGAAGGGAUAAUUUCAGUUCCCAAAGAUCCGAUAACGGGAACGACUCAGCAAGUGGAAGUUCAAAUUAAGAAACUCUAUUGUGUCAACAGAUCUGUGCCUAAUCUUCCUAUAAAUAUCGAAGAUGCAGCACGAAGCGAGAAAGACUUUGAAAAAGCAGAACAGACGGGAGUGCAACUUGUUCGUGUUGGUCAAGAUACACGUUUGAAUUAUAGAGUUCUUGACAUACGAACUCCUGCAAAUCAGGCAAUUUUUCGCAUUCAGUGUCAUGUUGAGGAUGUGUUUAGGCGAUUUCUGCGAUCUGAGGGAUUUGUUGGAAUACAUUCUCCAAAGUUGAUAGCUGGUUCUAGUGAAGGUGGUGCAGCAGUAUUCAAGCUUGACUACAAGGGGCAACCUGCAUGUUUGGCACAAUCACCACAGCUCUACAAACAGAUGGCAAUAUGUGGGGGCUUUGGACGUGUAUUUGAAGUUGGAUCUGUUUUCAGAGCAGAAGAUUCAUACACUCAUAGGCAUUUAUGUGAAUUUGUUGGGCUUGAUGUUGAAAUGGAGAUUAAAGAGCACUAUUUCGAGGUUUGUGAUAUUGUGGAUCGUUUAUUUGUUGCAAUUUUUGAUGACCUGAAUGAGAACUGCAAAACGGAACUUGAUGCCAUCAAUAGACAAUACCCUUUUGAACCUUUGAAGUAUUUGAGAAAGACUUUGAAACUUACUUUCGAGGAGGGCAUUCAAAUGCUUAAGGAGGCUGGAGUAGAAGUCGAUCCUCUAGGUGACCUGAACACAGAGACUGAGAGGAAAUUGGGCAGGCUUGUCCGUGAGAAGUAUGACACUGAUUUCUACAUUCUAUGUCGGUAUCCUUUGGCUGUAAGACCAUUCUAUACUAUGCCUUGCUAUGACAAUCCAGCAUACAGUAACUCGUUUGAUGUUUUUAUUCGAGGUGAGGAAAUAAUCUCUGGGGCUCAAAGAAUACACCUCCCAGAACUAUUAACCACUCGUGCAGAGGCAUGCGGAAUUGAUGUGAAAACGAUAUCAUCCUACAUCGACUCCUUCCGAUACGGUGCGCCGCCUCAUGGUGGGUUCGGCGUCGGCUUGGAGCGUGUGGUCAUGCUCUUUUGUGCCCUCAAUAACAUCCGAAAAACAUCGCUGUUCCCCCGUGAUCCACAGAGGCUCACUCCAUGACUGGAGUAUUUUCUUUCGUUGGCUAAGUUGAAGAACAUUCAUAAUGUUUCAUCUUUUGUCUGUCACUCAAUGAUCACUUUUUAAGUCACUAAGGAGGUUGUUUUUGUUUACAUUGAACAGCAAUGCAAUCUUAUCAAGAUCAAGAUGUCUGUAUUGAUCUCUCGAUGGUAUUAUUUUAUUGUUAUUUAUUUGAAUAAAUGGUAUGCGAUUUUGUUUCUUCUUGUUUCUAA